GUCGCGCCGAGGCUCGAGCGGCCUUCGCCAUUUUGUAGGGUUCUCUCUGACGCGGGAGCCGCCGCCGCCGCCGCCGCCACCCGGAGGCUCUUGUCAGGAUGGUGAAGCUGUUCAUAGGAAACCUGCCCCGGGAGGCCACAGAGCAGGAGAUCCGCUCACUGUUCGAGCAGUAUGGGAAGGUGCUGGAAUGUGACAUCAUUAAGAACUACGGCUUUGUGCACAUAGAGGACAAGACGGCGGCAGAGGAUGCCAUACGCAACCUGCACCACUACAAGCUGCACGGGGUGAACAUCAACGUGGAAGCCAGCAAGAAUAAGAGCAAAGCUUCAACCAAGUUACAUGUGGGCAACAUCAGUCCUACUUGUACCAACCAAGAGCUUCGGGCCAAGUUUGAGGAGUAUGGUCCAGUCAUCGAAUGUGACAUCGUGAAAGAUUAUGCCUUUGUACACAUGGAGCGGGCAGAAGAUGCGGUGGAGGCCAUCAGGGGCCUUGACAACACAGAGUUUCAAGGCAAAAGAAUGCAUGUGCAGUUGUCCACAAGCCGCCUUCGGACUGCCCCUGGGAUGGGAGACCAGAGUGGCUGCUAUCGGUGUGGGAAAGAGGGGCACUGGUCAAAAGAGUGCCCAGUAGAUCGUACAGGUCGCGUGGCAGACUUUACAGAGCAGUAUAAUGAACAAUACGGAGCUGUGCGCACGCCCUACACCAUGGGCUACGGGGAAUCCAUGUAUUACAACGAUGCAUAUGGAGCACUUGACUACUAUAAGCGUUACCGGGUCCGCUCUUAUGAGGCAGUGGCAGCAGCAGCAGCAGCUUCUGCGUACAACUACGCAGAGCAGACCAUGUCCCAUCUGCCUCAAGUCCAGAAUACAGCUGUGACCAGUCACCUCAACUCCACUUCUGUUGAUCCCUACGACAGACACCUAUUGCCGAACUCAGGUGCUGCCACCUCAGCUGCUAUGGCUGCUGCCGCUGCCACCACUUCCUCCUACUAUGGAAGGGACAGGAGCCCCCUUCGUCGUGCUACAGCUGUGCUCCCCACAGUUGGAGAGGGCUACGGUUAUGGGCCAGAGAGUGAGCUGUCUCAGGCUUCAGCAGCUGCACGGAAUUCUCUGUAUGACAUGGCCCGGUAUGAGCGGGAGCAGUAUGUGGACCGAGCGCGGUACUCAGCCUUUUAAAAGCUGGAGGUGAGAGCGGGGUGGGUGUGGUUAAGAGAUUCCAUUUAGUUCCCUUGAAAGAGACCCAUGCUGCAUAGGGGAAGCUAAAGCCAUCUGCUAUCAGGACAUUAGUAUCCAAAAGGUAUACAUUAUAUGUUAGUCUUAAAUAUUUCUCUAGCUUAAGCCAAAGGUUCAUUUCACCAUCUUGUUCCCUCUGAGAGAACAAACUCAGUUUGUUAGAAUAUUGUUCUUUAACCAAGUGUAAGCAGAUCUGGGUUACAGAAAUAUAGUUAAGAGAACUAACAUUUGUUGAGUGCCCUCUGUAUUUAUUAUUUAAUCUACACAGUAAGUUUUUAAGAUAUGUUCUGUUUUACAGAGAAGGGAACUAAGCCUCAGAGAGGUUAAGUACUUUGCCUGAAGUCAUCUGAUAAUUGAGAGGUAGAGCCAGAAUUCACCCCUGGCUGACUCCUAAACCUAUCCUCUUUCCACUGAAGUCACUGUGGUUUAAGAUGAAGAAUACAGGUUCAGGAGUUAAUGUCACGGUGAGAAUUUUAACUGUAACUUUAGACUUCCAGCUGACUAAUAAAACGACGACGUAGGUCAUUAGCCUUUAUCAGAGGAAACUCUUCUAAUAUAUAGCUAUGAGUCAAACAAAGUUCUAUAAGAUACUUGCUUGAAAGUGGAAUGUUUUGAUGCCACUGUCCCGUGAAGUCCUUCCCUUGUUAGUAGUCUGGAGCAUCGCAUUCUACAUGAGCACUUAAGCUGUACAUCUCUGCAUAGCCAAUGAUGCUAUCAUGUAGAGUCUGAUGCUUCCCAUUUUUGCCAGCAAUUUUUGUUGUUUGUUUGUUUGAAAGUAGUAUUUAAGGAACUAGGUAAACCAGGAUAUCUUUUGAUGUGUAUAAAAUCCCAUUGGUGCUGACCCUGGGAAGUUAAUUUUUCCUACUUCAGAUGUAUACAAAACAUGUUAGAAUGGCGAGAAUAAUUGGGAGUAUCUCAAGAUUGAUAAAUCUCUUCAUCCGAGUGGAAAUGGUAUGAUGACAACUUUCUAUUCUCAUGGUUUUCCUAGUACCUUGAAAUUGAGAAUCACUUGAAUAGGAGGCCUAGUAGCAAAGUUAGUUUCCACUGAGUUUUCAGGGUUCCUAACAUCCCUUUGGUAUAUGUUUAGAUGAAAACAAAGAAAUAGGAAUUUUCCUGUUUUCAUAGUGAGAAGCAAAUGUGGCAUGAACUUGUGGCAAGUGAUAUCCUUAAGACGAUGACAAGACUGGGACCUCCAGAGACCAUUGUGUAGCAGUGUGUGUUCAUGUGCAUGAAGUGGAUAACCUUACAAUUUGUGUAGUUUGCCAUUAAUUUUUACUUUUAAUGCAGCUGAAUCUGCCAUGAAGUGGGAUAUGCCUCUAAAAUAAUGUGGUAUUAUCUAUCAGAUAACUUCUGUUUCUUUUGAAUAUGUGUCAAAGUUAAAUAUUUAAUAGUAUAUGUGGUCUUUAAAGGGUAUUGCCUAGGUAUUUUAAAGUGAAUUUUGACUGCAAGCAGUGGUUGUUCAACUAACCUCUUUUUAAUGAUGACUUUUAAAGAAACUUACCUUCCAGGUGUGAACCUCAAAUGGACUGAAUAACCCUGAGUUGGUUGCAGUCCCAGGAGCCUGAUGUUAAUGAGGCUGCCAGGAUGAAAUACUCCAGAACUGUUGGGGAUCCAAAUUCGGGUCUCACCCUAGCAGCACUGAUUCAAGAACGUCACAACUUUUGAAGUCGAUUGGCACAGAUCAAGACCAAGAUUUGGCCCUUUGUCUGUAAUAAGUAGAGGAGCUUGGUGUGAGUUAACUUUUUUUUCCCCCCAGCCAUUGGUGUCUGGAGCUUCCAUCAUCAAUGGAAGAAUUAGAGAAUUAUAGGAUUUCUUCUUUUGAUUUGAAAAGGGAGAUGUGGUCAAUUAGGGGAACUACUAGAAUUGUGGCUCUAAAUAUAUGACUAUGACAUGUAGGUAUGUUGGAGGGUAAAUGAACAGUCCUUGAUACCCUUUGUGAUUGCUAUUUUUGAAAACUUGUUUACUAUGAAAGAUUAAAAUGAAACAAAUUUAGAAUAAGUAAUGCAGUUGGCCAUAUUUGAGAUCUUGGCAUCUUCUGCUUUUCCUGGACCCAAAAAUUAAAUUGCAGUUCUUGAUAAUAUCUGUAUGCCCUUUGGUGUAGUAACAGUAGCCUUGUAUCACAGAGGUUGUUUGGCCUAAAAGAUGGAUUAGAAAAUGAGAAAUGUGUAUUUAUCACCAACACAGCAGUCUUCCAGAUAGAUUGUUUCUUGUUCUAUUAUUAUAGGUAUAAGUAGAUUCCUAUAUAUAAUCAUUAGAGUCCUGGGUAAUUACAUGGGAUAGGUUUGAUUCAGUCUGACUUGGUUUUGUUUUGUUCUUUCUUCUUUUCCCCCUGGAAUACAGGACAGGACCCAGGGCCCUUGUACUCGGAGCCAAGCUGCUCUCCAGGCAUUGUGUAAGCCUCUUGUGUUGUGCUCUCUUUCAGGUAGGAUAAUUGCGGACUGAACCCUCGGGCUGCGGUCAUAUAUGAGAACUUGCUCCGCGCGGUCCCCUUUGCCGGGACGUUUCCAUUGCUUCAUGUUUCAGUAAACAAAGGAGUUUGUGACCAACUAUGUUUUCUUUCUUAAUUUAAUUCUUCUAAGUUGACUUUUCUUUCCUCCUGAUACAAGUGUCUGUAGCCUUUCACUCUAUUCCUUACAUUCUCAGCCUCUGAGCAGCCCUAGGUAAGGAUUUUGCUGGCAUCCCCUUUUUCCUGUACAGUGGAACCCCUCUUAUCUUGCUUUCCUUAGGAGUUGAACCCUUCUCCCUUUCUACCUGCAACCUCUCCUUUCCCUUUAAAAUGACCAUGUAGUGGUAAGCAACCUUUUACCUCUUCUCUGUUAGCUCUGGACUCUAACAUUGAAGCUAAUCUGAAAUUGCUAGGACCACUGGGGUGGGGUUGGGGGGUGUUUUGUUUUGUUUUGUUCAUGUCUGACCUGUGAUCGUGGUACAGCAUUAGCUGAAAUUUAGCCUUGUUUUACUCCACUCCUCCCACCUUUUUUUUUUAAUAUUUUGACAAAUAAACGUUUCUAACACUUAA